AUGAUUUAUAAUCAUAAAUAUCAUCGUCUUCUUCUUCACCAUUAUAACCACCAUCAUCACCAUCAUCAUUUUCACCAUCACCACCAUCAUCAUCUUCACCAUCAUCAUCAUCAGGUGAGUAUAGAGAGAGAUGUUUCCCGCCACGAAGCUAACUUUUCUGACCUGGUCAACAUAGCUGAGCUGAGUGUCAGAAGAGUCAUCGCCAUGGCCAAACAGGUACCAGCAUUCAAACUGCUGCCUCAAGAAGAGCAGAUCCACUUACUGAAGGGAGGCAGCAUCGAACUCCUCAUCCUUCGCUCCGUCAUCACUUUCGACAAAGAGAAACAACACUUCCUCGAUCCGGUCGAUCCGGAAGAAACGAAGGCCAUGAAAAUCGAGCAGUUAAAAACGGCCGAACUCGGUACGAAUCUUUUCGAAGACCACAUGCGCUUUGUCAGGUCGCUCGCUUUCGAUCUGUGCGCCGACGACACCACGCUAAUUCUCCUCCUCGUCAUUUCGCUUUUUUCUCCGGAUAGAGAAAAUCUGGAGCAAAAAUCUUUAGUGGCAAAGGAGCAGGAAAGGUUUUCCAGUUUGUUGAAGAGUUACCUGGAGUCCGUGUACCCUGUUGGAAUGGCGAGGGUGCUCUUCCCCAAGUUGCUGUUGAAGUUGACCGAUAUCAGAAACCUGAACGAGGAACAUUCGCAAGUUCUCUUGAAGGUCAACCCGGAAAGUAUUCAACCGCUCAUGAAGGAAGUCUUGGAUCUAAGUUGUUGA